AUGGAUGAUGUGACUACCAUCACAAUGACUAAAGCAUGUACUAAGCGGCUGCUGGAUAAGCUCCAGGAAAACAUCAGAUGGGCACAAAUGGAGAUUAAACCUGGAAAAUCUCGCAGCAUCUCCAUUAUCAAAGGCCGACUCACUAAUGACAGGUUCUGUAUAGCGGGAGAGCCCAUACCAACGGUCAUGGAAAAGCCCUUUAAAAGCCUUAGACAUUGGUACACCGCAGACCUUAAAGACUCAAAACAUGUGGAACAACUCAGGCAAGAGACAGUCAGUGGACUCAAGAGAAUCAAUGGUACAGCUCUUCCGGGGAAGUUGAAGCAGUGGUGCUUUCAAUUUGGUUUUUUGCCAUGGCUUAUGUGGCCAAUUUACAUAUACAAGCUCAUUUUAUCUCACGCCAAGCACCUGGAGAGACUGGUGAGUACACAGUUGAGGAAAUGGAUUGGGCUACCAAGAUGCUUUAGCAGCAUAGGGCUGUACGGCAAUGGAGCUAUCUCUCUUCCUUUUUCAAGCCUUGUGGAGAAGUACAAAUGCGCCAAAACGAGGCUGGAGAUGACGCUUAAAGAAUUCCACGAUCCCUGCGUAAGAGAUGCUGCUCCAACAUUUGCGACAGGGAGGAAAUGGAAUCCAGUUACAACAGUUGCUGCUGCAAAGGCAUCCCUCAGACACCGGGAUAUUGUGGGGAAAGUCCAAUAUGGUAGAGAGGGACUUAGGUUGGGAAUAAUAACACCUAAAUGGCAAAAGGCAACAGCAAAGGAACAGCGACACCUGGUGGUGGAGGAGGUACGCCGUCAGGAGGAAGCAACUAGAUGCGCUAAAGCAGUCUUCCAAGCCCAACAAGGCUGCUGGAUGAGGUGGGAAGGUAUAGAACAGUGCAAAAUCACUUGGCGUGAGCUGUGGAGCAUGGAAACCAACAGGCUAAGUUUUAUCGUUAGAGCUACAUAUGAUGUGCUGCCCUCUCCAACAAACUUGCAGGUAUGGUGUGGACAAGACCCAGCCUGCCACAUGUGUGCAGCCCCGGCAAACCUCAGACAUAUCCUGGUGGGUUGUAAGACCAGCCUGACACAGGGAAGUCACAAAUCUGCACCCAGACCUGGUUCUCUGGUCCAACUCCAGAUCGUUAUAAUAGUCGAACUGACAGUCCCUUGGGAAGAGGCCAUUAAUGAGGUCUUUGAAAGGAAGAAGCUGCGAUAUGCCAACUUGGCAGCUGAAGAAGAGGAACAGGGCUGGACAGUGAAAGUAUUCCCGGUGGAAGUGGGCUGCAGGGGCUUAGUGGCUAGUUCCACUAUAAGGCUGCUGAAGGAGUUGGGUAUCAGAGGACAGGCAUUUGAAAGCUCCUGCUAUGAGUUUGUGGCCCUGCAGCACAGUUUCCUCAGCGCUCAGGCUUGGUGUGAGCGGGGCGGUGGGCACCUGGCCUUCAUCCAGAAUGAUGAAACCCAGCAGUUUCUACAAAAACACCUGCAGCCGGAGCAGGACUGGUGGAUAGGACUGGUGUCUACCUCCAUCAACCUCACUCUGGACACGCAAGGCGGCUUGAUCUGGUUAGAUGGUUCAGAUGUGAUUUACUCAAACUGGCUUAGUGAGUCGAUGCUGGAUACUGGCUGUGGCUACAUCAACACAGACUCUGGAUUUCACUGGAAGACAGCAAGCAACUGUAGUCAGGAAUUCUACUUCAUUUGUGAGUUUGAAUUGGGACGCUCUCUGUCCUGUAUGGACAGCACUAUCCUGCACUGUGGCUUAGAUCAGGUGAUAGAGGUUGAUGAGAGCUACUAUGGCAGGAAGACGCCACAUUACUGCAGGAGCAACAUCUCCAGCUCGCUCACAGCUUCACUGGAGCAGUGCAGCUGGAUCAGUGUGCUGGAUGUAGUAGCAGAGCUCUGUAACGGACAGCAGUUUUGCACGGCUGUGGCAGAUGGAUCAUCUUUUGGAGAGCCGUGUCCUGCGCUGGGAAGUUACCUGUUGGUGGAAUACCACUGCAAAGACAAACCCUCUUCUGUUAUCGUGGAAAGAUCUGCAGAUGAUGGUGACGAUUCUUUUGUUGAGAAGGACUCUUUAACUUUGAGACAGGACACUCACAAAAGGGCUAAAAGGGAGGAGCCAGGUGAAAAAUGGAUUUGUUAUCCUGAUACAAAUAAUCCAGGCAGUUUUACGAUCGACUGCCCAACUUGUGGUUCAAAUAAUAAUCGUGAGAAAAUCCAACUGAGUAUAAAUGCUAACUGUCAAAACACGCACUGGUAUGUGGAAGAUGGCAGUAAAGUGAACAAAAACCGUAAAGGCAACUUUAAGAAAGACUGCUUAAACAAAAAGGCACUGAGACUACAAGACGGACAAAAUAAAAAUGAUUUGGAAAUCAAAGCCAACAGGAUUAGAUCUUUCAAGAAGGAUAUCAUCGUAGUGGUGUUUUGUAAACAAAGUGGCACAACUUAUGAUGUGGAGAAAACCAUUGAAUAUUCCUGGAUAAAGAUGGACAAGAAUCAGCUCAAGAACUCCAUCGAUAAUGAAUUGAGUCUUCUUGGCGGAGCAGAUGACACAGAAGAGUUCAGAGAGGGGCUUCUUUCAGAUAUAUGUGCAACUUUAGAAGAGCCACUCCAGCAGCCCACAGAAGUGCUGGCCUUUGCUAGUGUUUUGACAAAAAUCACUGAAGAUAAGGACAAAGUGAAUGUUAAUGCUCAGGAGAAUGCUGGUUGCGUACUAGAUAUUCUGAGUAAAUCCCUCAACUCCAUCAAUCUGGAUAACAUCACUGCACGAACUGAAAUAGCCAACCUCCUCGUUGCAUCCUCUAGUCACAUUCUCGCUGCGUUUGAUAAGGACAAAGAGAGCGACAUCUCUGGUUAUUUGCUCACUGCGGUGGACUCUGUGCAGACAUUCCUGCUCACAAAUAAAACACCUGAUCUGGAGCCCACCAUCAUCACCUCUCCUAAUGUCAAUAUUUACGUCAACAGGAUAUCGCCAACUAACCUCCAGAAAGAGCCCUUCAGCAUUGAGGACAGUGCAGCUGGAUUCAAGCUUCCGCAUCUGGGCUCUGAUAUACUGCCUGUUGAUGAGCCAGUGGAUGUGAAAAUGACACUUUUUAACAUUGAUCCAUGGAUUGAAGGUCAGACCAUUCAUAGCAUUGUGGCCGGUUUGUCCCUCUCCAAAACAAACGGCUCUGGCAUUCCAGUGGCAAACCUCACUGAGGAGAUUGAGAUCUUAUUACCCAGGCUGGACACAGCGGUGAACAGCUCAGUUCUAGAUCUGAGAAACUUCAGCACUUUGAUCAUCAAUAUAACCACCCCCAACAUUACUCUGGUUAUGAAGUUCCAUCCUUCUGAAGAUUUAACACUAAUAUUGCUGCUGGGUUAUGAGAACCAACCCACCGAGGAAAACAAUGUAGCCACAGUUACACUUCCUCAACAAGGAAAUUCACAAGAUGAAAGGUACACAUGGCUGCUGGGUCCCAGUGACAUGGCAGUAGACGUGGGUGUUUACAACCUUCUCAUACGACCUGUUGUUCCUCCGGGCGUAAAGUCUAUUAAUGCAUCACUAACAAUCACAUCCAUUACUGCUCAGUGCAUUUUCUGGGAAGAGGCGAGAUCCAACUGGAGUGACUAUGGCUGUAGAGUUGGCCCUAAAACGACCCCCAACGUGACACAGUGUCUGUGUACCCAUUUAACCUUUUUUGGGAGCAGUUUCUUUGUCAUGCCCAAUACGGUAGAUCCGUCCAAGUCUGCUGAGCUGUUUUCCAACUUUGCACAGAACCCAGUGGUAGUGUGCUUUAUCGGGGCAAUUUUCUUAGCUUACACCCUGGUAGCGGCAUGGGCGCGCAGGAAGGACCUACAGGACAAAACCAAGGUGAAGAUUACUAUGCUAGAGGACAAUGAUCCCUUUGCUGAGUACUGCUACUUGCUGAAGAUCAGCACUGGUCAUCGCAUGGGUUCCUCCACUUCAUCACGGGUCAUAGUGACUCUUCAGGGUACGGAGGGAGAAUGUGAGCCCCAUCAUCUGACUGACCCUGAUAAGCCAGUGUUUGAAAGAGGAGCUGUGGACCUGUUCUUACUGACCACCCCCUUCUCACUGGGAGAGCUGCAGAGCAUCAGACUGUGGCAUGACAACUCAGGGGACCAUCCUGCUUGGUAUGUUAACAUGGUGAUGGUAGAAGACCUGCAGACUGAGCAGAAGUGGCACUUCCUGUGCAGCUCGUGGCUGGCUGUUGAUAUAGAUGAUUGCACUGUUGAAAAAGUGUUUCCUGUAGCAUCAGAGGCGGACAUGAAAGGCUUCAGCAAUUUAUUCUUCAUGAAAACAACAACGGACUUCUGUGACGGUCACAUCUGGUACUCUGUGGUCAGUCGGCCCCCCAGCAGUAAUUUCACCCGUGUGCAGCGUGUCUCGUGCUGUUUCUCAGUGUUGCUUUGCUCCAUGUUGACUAGUAUCAUGUUCUACGGGAUUCCCACAGACCCCUCAGAGCAGACCAUGGAUAUGGGUCAGAUCAAACUCACCUGGAGUGAGGUGAUGAUUGGCAUCCAGAGCUCCUUUAUUGUAUUCCCCGUCAACCUAGUAAUUGUGGGAAUCUUCAGACAUUCCCGUCCCCGAAAAAAGAAGACAAAGAAAGAAAAGGAGCAUAAGCAGUCUGAGCCUCCUCAAAUGGAGAGAGACAUCCCAUAUGAUCCCGCCUCUCCACUUUUUGAUCAGAACAAUUUAACUGUAGAUUUCCUUAUCAAAGGAAUGUCUUUCAGAUUCUUCAUUAAAGGCCCGUUCACACCAAAUGGUCUCAAUGGAGUGCGGCUUUCUAAGAGGGACUGUGCACGCAGCUACUAUCAGCCUCCACCUCCCAAUGGUCUCAAUGGAGUGCGGCUUUCUAAGAGGGACUGUGCACGCAGCUACUAUCAGCCUCCACCUCCCAGUGAUAUUGAGAAGCUUAAGAGAAACAUGGUCAAACAGCAGAAAGCACGAGCACUCAUCAUGGAGAUUCUAGUCUUUCUGGGGUUUUUGUGGAUGCUGCUCUUGGUGGCAUAUGGUCAGCGAGAUGAAAAUGGAUUCUACCUCGCUCACCACAUCCGGCAGAGCUUCAGCAAUGGCAUUUCAGAGAGUAUGAACCACAAUGAUGUGUUUACCUGGGCUAACACUGUACUUCUUAAUAACCUGUUUGGACAGUAUCCAGGCUUUAUAACGGAUGGAAACUCGAAACUUGUUGGGGGCGCUCGUCUUCGUCAAGUUAGGGUGAAGAGAGACUCUUGUAAGAUUGCUAAGUCUAUGAGUCACGCUGUUCCUGAAUGCAGUGCCCCUUACUCUUGGGAAAAUGAGGACAUGGGCGCUUACGGUCCAGGCUGGGAUGAGUUGAAUUUCAUUAAUGGCUCUGAGAACACCAUCACAGCUUGGCAGUACCAAAGCCAGUCUGCGCUCAAAGCAGUCCCUGUUUGGGGUAUGACUGCACUUUAUAGAGGAGGAGGCUAUGUUAUGGACCUCGAUUCUGACCUGCAAAAUGCUAGCAGGAAGCUUCGAUAUCUUUUUGACUCCACCUGGUUGGAUAUGUACACAAGGGCAGUUUUUGCAGAGUUCACGGUGUACAAUGCUAAUGUCAACCUCUUCUGCAUUGUCACACUGAUACUAGAGAGCACUGCAGUGGGUGCAUUUGAGUUUCGCAGCGUGGUUCAGAGUGUCCGUCUCUACCAGUCCACAGGUGGCUUUCAAUCGUUUCUCAUGGCCUCUCAGGUCUUUUAUUUCCUCUUCAUCGUCUACUACAUGUUUUUGCAGGCAAAGCUGUUGAAGCGGCAGAAAUGGGCAUAUUUCAAAAACAAGUGGAAUCUGUUAGACCUUGCAAUCAUCAUUUUAAGUUGGAGUUCAUUAUCAGUGUUCAUCAAGAGAACAGUGCAGGGAGACAAAGACAUUGAAUACUACCAAAACCACAAAGAUCAGUUUCCCAGUUUCCAUGACACAGCUGUCAUAGAUGCUACACUGGGAUAUCUCAUGGCUUUUUUGGUUCUUCUGGCCUGUGUAAAACUCUGGCAUCUGCUGAGACUCAACCCUAAACUUCACCUCAUCACCUCUUCACUGCAGCGGGCAUGGAACGAUAUGUCCAGCUUCAUUGUGGUUAUCUUCAUUAUCCUCUUGGCCUAUUCACUUACUUGCAAUCUAAUAUUUGGAUGGAAGCUGUACUCAUACAGAACUUUUCCAGAUGCGUUCAAAACAAUCUUCAGUUUGCAGUUUGGAAUCUUCAAUUACGAUGAGGUGCUGAGUUCUGAUCCGGUGCUCGGCGCUCUCAUCAUUUCCACUUGCGUCAUCUUCAUUACAUUUGUGAUCCUGACCCUCUUUGUCUCAAUCAUCCUUGAGGCGUUCGGUGAAGAACAGGAGAAUCACCAGCCUUCUGAGGAAGAGGAAAUCGUUGACCUGAUGCUAGUGAAGAUCCUAAGUCUUUUUGGAAUCAAAUGUAAGAAGAAAGAAGAAGAAACUCUUCCUCAUCCUACAAGAUGAUCGCUGACUUCUUUCCUGCUCUAUCUGCUCAAAGAAAAUGAAUAUCUGCAUCGCUGCUGAAGCUGAAUUGUUCCUACAAUGCACAUGGUCCUUUCGAUUAAACUGUCAUUUUCUUUUCAGAACAAGCCAAAUGUACCAUUUUAUUAAAGAGCAGAUUUUUCUGAAACAUUUUCUUUUAUGAACUAGCAAGGAAAAAACAUGUUUUGCAAAUGUGCUCUUUUGUGAACUUUUAACAAACUGCGUGCUUUGCAUGUAGUGAACAAAAUAAAACAGGUUCGGCUGCAGAAGCUUGUUUGACAUGACUUUUUAUGAUAAAAAAAA